CCCCUCUGCUCUCCAUCUCCUCCUCCAUAGCAACGGAGUAACGCGUGCUUUGCAGAACCAUAAUCGUGCGCUCCGACUCGCCGCUGCAUCCCAAGGGGGAUCGCAGAGAAGAGACGCUCACAAACCCCUCUGUCGGAUCCCUCACGAUGCCGCUCGCUGCCGCCACGGCGCUCUCGCUGCGCGCCGGGUCCUCGGAGCCGCGAGCCUCGGCGAGGCUCCCGGCGCCACCGCUGUGACCGAUUCAGUGAUCGCCUCGCCGGAUGACUCUCCUCCUCCUUUGCCACUCUUCACCCAUCUGCCGGCCCGGAGACACCGACCCUGAGCUAGCGAUUCCGCCCACUGGAAUGGAGGUCCCAUCAUGCAGCAGGGCGGCCCCUCGCCUCUCCAUCGACUCUCGCGUGACGGUGCUGACCGCGGGCGAGGAUGCGGCGGACGGCGGCAGAUUGGGCGGCUCCGUGAUGAAGCGCAAGACGGUGCUGGCCGUGUUUUUGGUGGUGCUCGCGUACCUGGUGCUGGGCGGGGUAUUGUUCCGCGCUCUGGAGCAGCCGUUCGAGAGCAGCCAGCAGUCGACCGUGGCGGCCGCCAAGGCGACCUUCUUGAGCCGCCACGGCUGCGUGCCGCCCCACGAGCUGGAGGUGCUCAUACAGCAAAUCUCAGACGCCAUCAAGGUUGGGGUCAACCCCAUUGGCAAUGCUUCCAAGAAAUCGAGCCACUGGGACCUGGGAGGAGCUUUUUUCUUUUCGGGAACCGUCAUCACGACCAUCGGGUUCGGGAACAUCGCUCCAAGCACACAGGGAGGCCGCAUCCUGUGCAUGGCCUAUGCGCUCAUCGGCAUCCCUCUCUUCGGCAUUCUUCUCGCCGGGGUGGGGGACCAGCUGGGCACCAUCUUCGGCAAAGGCAUCGCCAACAUUGAGAAGAUAUUUGUGAAGCGGAAGAUCAGCCAGACACGAGUUCGUGUCAUGUCCACCGUGGUCUUUGUGGCCGGCUGCGUGCUGUUUGUGGCCGUGCCAGCUGCCAUUUUCAUGCGCACCGAGGGUUGGAGCUCCCUUGAGGCCAUCUACUUUGUGGUCACCACCCUCACUACCAUUGGGUUCGGAGACUUCGUGGCAGGUGGAGAUGCGGACAUUGACUACAGUGAGUGGUACAAGCCUCUCGUGUGGUUCUGGAUCCUGGUGGGGCUGGCAUACUUUGCCGCGGUGCUCAGCAUGAUCGGAUACUGGCUGCACGCUCUCUCGCGGCGCACAAAGAAAGAGGUGGGAGAGUUCACGGCGCAGGCUGCCGAGUGGAAAGCCAGCGUGGCGGCCGAGCUGAAGCAGACGCGCCGUCGGCUGAGCGUGGAGAUUCACGAGCGGCUGCAACGAGUGGGCAGCAGCAGCAGCUCACGGCGGCGAGCUAACGACGUACUGCGUCGCCACUCCAUGGACGUGCUCACGGCACAGAAGCGCGGCUCCUUCUCGCUCGCCCCCAAGGCCGGCUCCGCCGACGGAAUCUCGUCGGCCACGUCGCUCGCCAACGGGCAGGCGAUUGGCAUCACCCACGGCAACAAGCUUCUGCUGCCAAACGGGCACUGCCUGCCCGGGGCUCGUCUGGAGAAGCGCUACUCCAGCCCAUUCACAUGACCUCCAACCUCCAGUUGAGGAAUUGACAAAUCAAUGUAUUACUCUGAAGCAAAGGCUGACUCGGGGCUUCUGGAACCCAGUGUCUAAGGGUACAAAUUAAA